CCUGUGCAGCUGGUGCGAACUAGGUUUUGGAUGUUAUUUUAUUCGCCCUGCUGUAUUUUAAACCAUAUAACUAAAUAAAAAUUUAUCUAGAAAUUUUCAGUACUAAUUUAUGAGGAAUUUAUUGUUCUUAAACUGCGAUAUUUUUGAAAGGAGUUCUUUUUGUGAAACACGUGUGGAUUUUCACACAAAGACCUGGCAACCUUGGACUCAGUGUGUGUGUUCAGGAGUAGAGCGCGCGUCAGAAACGUUGGGCGAAAUAAAAACCGGACCUGCUUGUUCAUCCUGAUGUCACUUUAAUUUCUUCAGCCUCUGCUACAUGCCUGAACACUAGCAGCUACCUUCCUCAAGGACUUUCCUCAGCACUCCUGUAAUUGAUGGCAGCUUUUACAAAGGUGAUGGAUAGCAUUGUAAUCCUUGAUGAUGAUGAUGAUGCCCAAGAUCCUUCGUCAUCUUCAUGGCAUCCCCAGACAGCCUGCAUGUCCAGUACGUCUAACAUCCCACAGCCACCAGCAGCACACAUCGCAGAGUCUCCUUUCGCGUCUACCAAGAAGGAGAGCCAUGUUCUGAAAGUGGAGAACGAGAAGCUCUUUGGUGAGUUUCUGGAUCAUUGUAUAGAACACACUCGAGAGCACCCGGAGGUCUUGAGCUUCCUGAAGACGAAAUAUUCCAAGUCCUCGCCUGAGUUCCUGAUGUCUGUGGAGUUCCGGAACGCCGUGGGUCGUUGCCUGACACGAGCCCAGGCACAAACUACCAAAACAUUCGUUUACAUAAACGAACUCUGUACCAUGCUUAAACAGCACUCGACCAAAAGGAGGGCCACCAUUCAGCCUUCUAAUGCCAAAAAGCAGGAGAAAACCUGGAGCAGAGAUGAGGAGGAACAUGGCAAUACAGACGUAAAAGUUCAAUCUGCAUCAAGGCAAACAGAAGUUGGAGAUGAGGAAAGAAAGACUAAAAGAGCUUCCAGGAGACAGAUAGCAUACUUGGAGAACUUGCUGAAGGUUUAUCGUGAUGAGAUCAGACGACUGCAGGAGAGAGAUUUGAAUUUCGAGGAUCUGGAGAAGGAGGACUCGAGCUACAUCCAGGAGCAUAAACUGAAACGCAAAAUGAUGAAGAUCUAUGAUAAACUGUGUGAGCUAAAGAACUGUAGCACACUCACUGGCAGAGUUAUGGAGCAGAAGAUUCGCUACAGUGGCACCCGUUACCCAGAGAUCAACAAGAAGAUUGAGCGAUUUAUAAACCAACCCGAGGUCCAUCAGAACCCUCCAGAUUACAGGGAUAUCCUGCAAGUGGUGAAGCGCACCAAUGAGCGCAACCAGCUCAUGCUGAGCCGUAAGCAGGAGGCGCAGAUUGCUCAGGAGGUGUUCCGUGAGACGGGCAACAGGCUGCAGGAGAGGCGCCACCUUGACAUGAUCUACAAUUUUGGCUCCCAUCUCACAGACGCCUACAAGCCCACCUUAGAUCCUGCCCUUACUGACCCACUGUUAGCCCAGAAGCUGCGUGCUAACAGAGAGGUGGCUCUCAGCUCCCUAGAGGAAGUCAUCAACAAAUAUGCAAACAAACAGGAUGACACGGAGGAGGAGGAAAGGAGAAAACGUCUGGAGAAAGAGAAACAGAAAAAGGAGGUGAAAAGGAAUGACCAACAGGAGUCCAAAAAAGCAGGGAAUAGUGACAAGAGUGGAGAUGAGGAGGACGACGAGGAAGAUGAUGAUGAUGAUGAUGACGAUGAUGAUUCUUCAGAUCCGGAUAUUGAGGAGGAGAUCCAGGCCAGUGCAGCCCAAGUCAGACCAGAUGAAGAAGACAAUGAGGAGGAGCAUCUGAGCAUCACUGAUGACAUUGUGCAGCCCAGCAGCAAUGGGUCGUGUCCAUCAGUUAAAUCAUCUGACUGUGGAGAUGCAGGUGAGAGUGGUGAUGAAGAUCCGCAGUCUGACAGUAGGACAUGUGUCAGCGUUACCACAGAAACAUGUCUCGAAGAAAAACAUUCCAGCGACAGUCCCUCCUCUUCAAACAGCCACGAUCAGUCAGGUGUCCUGAACCCUCAGUCUGCGGAGAACACAUUGCUUGUUUCUAACAGUUGUCCCUCAGCUGACUCCAACAGCAUCAGUGAAGCCACAGAGAUUCCUUCCACCCCUGAGAACCGUGUCUCCACCCCACUGACGAUAUCCACCAGUCACCCUGAGAUGACUAACAAGAUGUGUAACAACAAGAAGAGAAAACGGGAAUCAAACAACCACAUGAUUGUCCAAAAUGGCAACAUCAGACGGAGUGAUGUGAGUGAUGUCUCUCUGGACAUAAAAGUGGCCUAUAGCCCAGUGCAAGUGGACUCCACCCGGGCAGACACACCCACUCAGGAUAUGGUCAGCAGCUCUCGCUCCACACCACCCCCUAAAAAGCACAAGCACCCUGGAAUAAACGUUCCUGUGGAGGCUGAGCAGUGUGACACCCCUAUAAUUGGAGCACAUUCUCCGGUCCCGCUUUUUGAAAAAGGGAACCAUCACCCCGGUCUGCCACUCCACAAUCAAGUUAAGUUUAUUUCUAUAGCACUUUUAACAAUAGACAAUGUCGCAAAGCAGCUUUACAGAAUUUGAAUGACUUUAAACAUGAGCUGAUUUUUAUCCCAAAUAUAGUACACAGGCACUAUACCCGGCCUCCACGAGACAUUGAAGAGCCGUGUCAGCCAAGACAGCCCAACAAUGUUCAGAGCCUUCAGCAUCUCAAGGCGAAUCUCAUCUACCCCUGGUGCCUUGCCACUGAGGAGCUUCUUGACUGCCUCAGUGACCUCUGCCAGAGAUAUGGGUGAAGCUUCCCCUGAGUCCUCAGACUCUACCUCCUCCAUGGAGGACAUGUAGGAUGGGUUCCAGAGUUCCUCAAAGUGCUCCUUCCACCGCCUGACAAUAUCCCCAGUUCGGGUCAGCAGUUCUCCUCCACAGCUGCGCACAGCCUGAGGCAAGCCCUGCUUCACACUUGAGUCGCCGAACGGUUUGCCAGAACUUCCUUGAGGCCAACCGAAAGUCCUUCUCCAUGGCCUCCCUGAACUCCUCCCACACCCAGGUUUUUGCUUCAGCAACUGUCAAAGCUGUAGCCCUUCUGGCCUCCCGGUACCUGGCCAACCAAGCCCUAAAGGCCUCUUUCUUCAGCUUGACUACUUCCUUCACCGCCGGUGUCCACCAGCGGGUUCUUAGGUUACUGCCAUGACAGGCACCAAUGACCUUUUGGCCAUAGCUCCUACCAGCCGCCUUUACAAUGGAGGAUUUGAACAUGGUCCAUUCGGAUUCCAUGUUCCCAACCUCCCCCAGGAUGCAUGAAAAGCUCUUCUGGAGGUGGGAAUUGAAGACCGCAUGAACAGAGGACUCCACCAGACGUUCCCCAGUUCACUCUCACUACACACUUGGGUGCCAGGUCUGUCCGGCAGCCUUCCCCGCCAUCUGAUCCAACUCCCCACCAAGAAGCUCUGCUCCUCUCUUCACCCGAGUGUCCAAGACAUACAGCCACAGAUCUGAUGAUGCGACCACAAAGUUGAGCAUUGAUCUUUGGCUUAAGGUGUUCUGAUACCAGGUACACUUAUGAACCACCUUAUGCUCGAACAUGGUGUUUGUUAUGGCCAAUCCAUGAUGAGCACGGAAGUCCAACAACAAAACACCACUUGGGUUUAGAUCAGGCAGGUCAUUCCUCCCUAUCAACCCAGCAAAAUUCAGCAAAAUUUUCUGUCAGCUAGUUUUGAUGUUAUGCUUCACAGGAGACUUUGAACUGAGUUUUCAUGGCUUUACCUACUUGUUUUUUUUUUUUUUGUUUUUCAGGUCAAACUGAUUCUUUUAAAUAAAUAACUAUUUUAGAAUAUAACCGUAGUUGUUUUGAUGAAAAAUAUUGAGAUCUUAGUGAUUGGAAUGAUUUUUUAAAAAACCGGUAGUCAGAAAUGCAAGUGUCAAUUUCAAUUAAAUCAAUUGGAAUUGCUUAUUGGAUGUAGCUCUCUCAGGUUUUUUGAGGUUAGCCUUGAAAGCUGUGAAUAUUAAUCUAAAUAAUCAUUUAUAUUCUUUCAUAUAAACACUAGUAGGCCCUACUUAGAAAUACAAAAGCAUAUAGAGCACAAAGAGGGUAUUAGAAAUAUUAUUGUAUUACUUUUUUAUUUAGCUAGAGAAUGGUAGAUG